AUGGCCUCGCCAGCGGCCCGUCCACCGCCUAUGAGCCAUGCUGCCGCAUACUACGAAAAUCGAAGCCAAAUCCUGCCUCCCAGUCUGAACAGCACCACCUGCAACCACCCCUACGGCCAUUCCCCUGCCAUAUCCUCCCCACAACAGGCACACCUCAGUCAAAAUCCGCCAUACCAAAGCGGUCCCUAUCGGAUCGAACCGAAAAGAGUCGGGGGCUCAGUCUCAAGCGGCGAAUCUGGCUCCUCCACGGUCUCCGAAGGUGAUCCGUACGUCCACAAGAAAUUAUCAUAUCAGUACAGCCCGCAGUUAGAACAGGGUAGGAGGUAUAGUCCAGGAAAAGAGUCCGCCCGGCAAUCAUACCAGGCAUCGCACAAUGGGCCGAAUGUUCAUCGAGGGAGCCACAUUCAGUCCGAGACGAUGGAAGACAACUCCACGAUCCUCCGCUACAUACCGCCCGAAGCCGAGGACGAAGAGGUCGAGAACGACCACGCUCUUUGGAUCCUGAUGUGGCUCUCAUUCCUUGACCCCUUUCACUGUAUGAUCAGCGCCAUAUACUCGAUCAUCGCUGUGUUUCUCAUAAUCAUGCUCCUCCCUCUGCGUCUGUGCCAGCGCGAAUGUUCACCGUCCAUCACGCUGGUGCGCAUGAUCGGCCCCAUAUUCCGCAACCAUCUACAGAUGAUCUACGCCAAAUCUUUAGAUCAUGCACACACCUUCGAAUUCAGUCCAGUGUGUCUGGUACUGAUCCACGUCGUUUCGCCUCUCAUAAGCUUGGGCAACGCCGUCGCCGGCUGGAUUGUCGCAGUGUUUUGGUUGUUUGCAAUCGUCAUGGGCAAUCCAGACGGGACGGAGAAACGGGAUGACGGCCGUGCCACGGUCCUCAUGCUACGGGACUGGUGGGAGAAAUGUCUUUUGUAUGCGGUACGGAAAUGA